CUGCUUUCCGGUUCCGGGUCAAGCAUGGCAUGGCCGCUGCCGUGGUCACGUUGCGGGACUGUCGCCGAAAGGUUAUCGCGAUGUUUUUAGCCCCGUGUAAAAUUUAAGUCAACUUGGAUCCCGUAUGACAUGUGAUAUAUAACUGACUUCUAGGCAAGCAAAAUGCGUUUGUUAAAAUUGCCACUUCAGAGCUCUGCGUGCGCGUGUCGUUGUAUGACUCGGACAGCGAGCGGCUCCUCAAGGCACAUUCACCUGCGCGCGGCGGCAGCAGCAGCAGAAACUGUAUGCGGCAGCCUGUGGUCUUUAUCAAGACGAUUUCAGUACAUUCGCUUGCUGAGAGACGCUCGGCAGAAGAGCACCAAAGGCAGUGUAUCGUCGCUUUUCAUGCCAGUUCCGGUAAAAGUGUCCAACAACCCGGAUGAUAUCAAUGUAGGAGAAGAGCUAACUACGAAACUCAAAAAAGAGGAUCUUCUUAAGCUGCUAAACCAAUUUAGUAAACGCCCGGAGGUUAUAAAAUGGAGCGAAGAGAAUGGUCUAGAUGCUCGUUUGUUUCACCAAGCCUUUGUAAGUUUUCGACGGUACUGCAUGGAGUCGGAACAGCUUCCCGCAGAUUUGCAUAUAAUUUUCAGCGACCUUCUUCAAGGCGGCAGGCACCUGGACGACCUUCUUCCUUACUUUCUCCAACAUGCGAGACAGAUCUUCCCACAUUUGGAAUGCAUGGAGGAGCUGCAGAAGAUCAGUGACUUGAGGCACCCUGGAAACUGGUAUCCUGAAGCACGUGCUAUCCAGAGAAAAGUGAUCUUUCAUGCUGGACCCACCAACAGCGGCAAGACACAUGCAGCACUUGAGGGUUUUCAUAACGCAAGCACUGGCCUUUACUGUGGACCGUUAAAAAUGCUGGCUGUAGAAGUUUUCCAGAAGACUAACGAGAAGGGCACACCGUGUGACCUAGUGACGGGCGAGGAGCGGAGGUGCGUGUUGCCCGAUGGCCAGUCAGCCCAGCAUGUGGCAUGUACAGUUGAAAUGGCUACUGUUCAUACCCCAUAUGAUGUGGCUGUGAUUGAUGAGAUCCAGAUGAUGCGUGACCCCCAGCGAGGAUGGGCCUGGACUCGUGCUCUCCUGGGGCUGGCAGCCAAGGAGCUUCACCUGUGUGGUGAAGCAGCUGCUGUAGGGCUUGUGCGCAACCUGCUGGCCUCACUUGGAGAAGACCUGGAGGUUCGGAAGUACAAACGCUUGACACAGCUAACAAUUGAAAACAGAGCACUUGAAAGCUUAGAAAAGAUACAACCAGGUGACUGUGUUGUGUGUUUCAACAAGAGUGACAUCUACCAAGUGAGCCUACAAAUUGAACGGCAGGGCCUGGAGUGCGCCGUCAUCUACGGGGGACUGCCACCUGGCACCAAGCUGGCCCAGGCGCAAAAAUUCAAUGACCCUGAUCAUCCAUGCAAGGUGCUUGUGGCAACCGAUGCCAUCGGUAUGGGUCUCAACCUCAGCAUUGGCCGUGUCAUCUUCUACUCCCUCGUUAAGCCAACGAUAAAUGAGCGUGGCGAACGACAGAUGGACACUAUCUCUACAUCUCAGGCUCUCCAGAUUGCAGGCCGAGCAGGCCGUUUUGGGAGUCGAUAUGAAGUUGGUCGGGCAACAACAAUGAAGCCACAGGACCUACCCGCACUGAAGCAAAUCCUUGCUGCCUCUGUAGAACAAAUUGAAGCAGCGGGCCUGCACCCAACGGCAGAGCAGAUUGAGCUCUUUGCUUACCAUUUGCCCCACGCAACUCUGGCCAACCUUGUGGACAUUUUUGUCAGCCUUUGCAAAGUUGAUUCGUCGUCCUACUUCAUGUGUAAUUUGGAGGGCUUCAAGUUUCUGGCUGACAUGAUCCAGCAUGUGCCCCUGCCACUGCGGGCACGAUAUGUAUUCUGCUGCUCACCCAUCAACCAGAAAAUGCCAUUUGUGUGCAGCAUGUUCCUCAAGUUUGCACGGCAGUACAGCCGCAAUGAACAACUAACAUAUCAGUGGUUAGGGCGCAACAUUGGUUGGCCCUUGGCCGUCCCGAAGUCAAUCAUGGAUUUGGUUCACCUGGAAGCUGUUUUUGAUGUGUUGGACCUUUACCUCUGGCUCAGCUACCGCUUCCCAGACCUAUUUCCGGAUGCUGAGGCUGUACGUGCCAUGCAGCAGGAAUUAGACCUAAUCAUUCAAAAGGGUGUGCUCAAUAUCACACAGCUGCUACGUGCUGGCAUGGAAAGUGCUGCUGAGGAAACCGAUCAUGACGAAGGGGCCCCCUCAGCCCACGCACCCAAGCUACAGGGCAAGCUUGCUGACCGUUUGCUUGCUCAAGGCCUCCUCACCAAACAGCAACUUUUAGAACUCCAGCGUGAGUGGCAGCGGGGCAGCCCAAAGGAUCGCCGCAACAAGAAGCCAAAAUGACAUGCACAGACACAACUAGUACAUAGUGCCCCAGGUUUUACAGAAGCCGUCUGUAUUCAACAUGGUCAUUGUGUCUGUAGGGUUUGUUGCAUAAAUGUGGGAACUGUGCCAAAGUUUCCAGUCCAGGAAGGCAAAAAACAAACAAGUUGAACAAGAGCCAUGCUCAUGUGUACAGGCAGGACCAUAUUUAGCGGAAAGAAGUGAGGACGUGGCUUGAGCUCUGUGUCAUGCCAGAUGCUGGUGCCACAUACGUGGAUGGUAGUCAGUGUAUUGCAUAGUCAUGAAGUGUGACAUGGUGUGGCAUCCGAUGCAUCUAAAAAAUUGUGUGCAGUGUGCGAUGUUGACAUUUGCUCACUGGCAACAAAUAAGCGCCUCUGCUCUUGGCACACACAAAUUUUUCUACUCACCAAGCCACACAUUGGCCGGCACAGUAGAAGAAAUUGUGCUGAAGGCAGCUCCCACUGUGCUCUUUACUGUCAGUUACGUCUGUCUUGGCACACAGCAAGAGUCAAGCACUCACAUUUUCCCACAAUGUUUGUCUCCCCUGUACUAUCCAUUUGGCACUUGCUGUGUUGUCAGAUUUGCUGCAUUGGAACAGUACUGCGAGGUUCUUUCAUGGUGUUAGCACUUGUUAGCUAGAAUGACCCAGAGUUCUGUUCCCUGCAGCUUUAAUGCGAGUUUCUUCCAAGCGCUGGCCUUUCAGUGCUGACGAAGUUCUGUGUGGAAGUGUCAUUAAAAGUGCUACCCACAUGAAUUGCCAGUGCAA